GUUCCCCAAAUUCUGCGCUACCAGCCCUUUAGCGGUGGACGGUACGUAUUUGAAAACGCAACCUUUGAGAACUGCUCCCUGCGGCCCGAGUCCUGGGACACAGACAGCUCGGGAAGGCCAGCGAAGCGCACGGAACCGCCAGUGGGCUGCAAGCCGGACAGGACUGUCGCCCUGGUAGAACUGUCGCCCGCCAAAAAGUCUUCCAGUCUCGAGUGUAUGGUUGACCCGGAGGCGAUGCGAACGAAACUCAGCACUUGUGGUGAGAUUUUGCAGUCGAAUUUAUUAGCAUGA